AUGUCUUCUUGCUCUCAAGAAUGUAACCUAGCACUGAAUCCGGGGGAAACCAAGGCGAUGCUGUUCUCGACUUUGCAGCGUUCCAGAGUUCACCUGCUUCACGAAUAUGUCACUGGCCUUCGUAUAGGCGGAAACCAACUCGAACGUCUUGAUAGCGCUCGAUUGUUAGGUACCCAAUUGCAUCAUCAUUUAACUUGGCAAAUAUCCAGCUGUUACAAAACCUUAUCCGUACUAAGAAAACUAAAGCAUCUUGCUCCUUACAAGAUCAGAAAGCAGUUAUCUGAGUGUCUAGUGCUAUCAAAGCUGGAUUAUAAUGAUAUAGUGAGUCAUCCAAUUCCUGAAUAUCUCGUGAAACGUCUUUUUGUUGUCGGAAGGUAUGCCACUAAAUUGGAUGUGUUGAAAUUGGGAUGGCUUCCAAUCAAAGAACGAAGAGAUUUUCGUUUGGCCUAA